UGACUCUGACAAGCAGACGGUGCCAGAUUUUUGAAAGCCAUCGUCCUAGCCCUCGGAUUAUUCAGCCUGGAGUCACUUCUUACCUGUGCUGUGGAGAUCACCGCCUGCCGCCCACUGAGGCUUCCCUUCUGGGUUUCAAAUUCCACUCAAGACAAAAGCAGGAAUGUGAGGACCUCAAAAGGGAAAACAAGUUCUUAUCAAAUGAGAUCCACAUGGAACGGAUCACGAUGCGCACGGAGAACGAGCUGACGAUGAGGAACCUCAGGAACAUGAACCAGGAGCUGCAGAUCCAAGUGAAAGAGCUGAAGCAGAAGUUGCAUCAGAGCCAGCAGAGGCUGACAUUUUGCUCCCGCGCUGCAGAUGAGGCGGAGGAGUCCAGGGGUGAGGCUGAGAAGAGCAGGGUCUCAGCUGAGUCUCGUGCCCUCGGUUUUCAGCGGGACAAGGAGACAGCUGAGGCUGACCGGAGGCGGCUGAGUGAAGAGCUGCAGCUGCUCAAGAAGGAGCACACUGAUCUGCAGCUCACACUGGUACAAACGGAGAAAAACUACUUUGAAGCCAAGCUGAAGCUGGAGCGGGCUUCUGGGGAGAAAAACACUCUGCUGCAGGAGAACAGGAGCCUGGGUGCAGAAAGAGAAGAGCUGAGACUCAAGCUGAGGCAUAUCACACAGGAAAAUGUCCAAAUUAAAGAAAGUGAGAUGACUUUAAGGCGUAAAGCUAUGGCGGCAGACGAGGAGAGGAAAAGAGCCAACCAGGCUCAGCGAGAGAUCGAGGCUGAGAGGCGUCAGGCUGACAAAGAGAGGCAGGAGAAGACGGCAGAGUGCCUUAGCUGGAGGGAAAAGCACCAUGAGUUGGCCAACAUCCUUCAAUCUCACGAGGAUCUGAAAGCUCAGAUGCAGAGCAAAGCAUGUCAGGCUAACAUCAAGAGCUACUUUUUGUGUAUGGCGGAGAGCAAUCAGCGAGUAAAAAUCCUGAAAAAUCCAGAUGGAAACCCAAGAAAUUUCACAGAAGGAGAUCCUGUAUAUAUCAGCACUUCCGAGGACGGUCCCGAAGAGCCUGAGAGAAGUUCAUCCAGGACUAUGUUGAGGAUCUCAGCGCCACACACAGGAAGGGACCUGGGUCCCAGUCAUUUUGAUGAACUGCCCGCCUUCGAAGGGGAGCGCCCUGGAUCUGCUCCUUCACGCAGAACCAGAAAGAUGGUGGAAUACUUCUGGAUCCCAACAGACCAGGAGUAACGAUCUGCUCUUUUCCAACGUAUGAGGUGGUUUAUUUCACUUCAAAUGUAUAAACUGCAAUAAUAAAAAAAAAAACAGCAGGAAGUA